AGGGAAGCUGACAACAUUUUAUGGUUUAGGCAUGGCCAAGAUCAAAUUUUAAAUGAUUGAACUUCUCAAGCCGUUUUUCCCUGCAGGUGAUUUCUCCUCUACAAAAGCCACAGCUGGAGCAAACCUUCCUGACCCAGCUCUCGAACCGAGCGCUGCCGCGUCCCGGCGGGGGCCGGCGGAGGAGCGACCCAUGCCGGCGCGCACGGGCCCUGGGGACGCCGCACCUUUGCGCGAGCAGACCAAGCACGUUCCCAGCCAUCCUGGCCUGAGGCUGGCGUAUGCGUACGAGCAGAGGAUUUCACCCCAGUCCAGCACGACACCAAAGGCAUCUGAGGAAAAAGAGGGGCGGUUGCCGGACAUAACCGUGGCCAGUGGACGGGAAGAAAAAGAUGGUCCCUGCCAACCUGACAGCGCCUGUGGCCAGGGAUGGACGAGCUUUCCUUGCGUCCCAGAGAUCAAACGGCCUGGAAAAACUGUAGGUGCGACUCUGCCAGCGGUGGCUGAGCCAGUGGAUGCAGAGAGCUAUAAUCGGUUCCCCAGGCUGGAUGUACCAAACGCCAUCCAACAGAAAGUCAUUUCAGGUUACACUGGAUACAUACCCCGCUACACCUGGAUUACUGGCGUUACCUACCUCCAGGGUGUCAAGGAUGCCAUGAAUGAAUUUGACAGAAAUCAGCUUUUGCUGAGGAACCCAGUUUGUGAGUUUGGCAAGAGACUACCGCAAACAUACUGGCCUAACAACAGAAUUUACACCAGUGUUGGACUGAUACCUUUCUAUACAGGCUUUGUACCAACCCUCAGAAACAGCUAUGCACUUACUUUUGGAAACAGCACCCGAAAGGCUUACCAAAAGGAACAAAGGAGACAAGCCUGUGCACUGCGAAAAAAACUUUAAUGAUGCCUGUACAGCAUUUGAAGUGACUUUGGAACAGGAAGAGGAACACAACACAGACAAGAGAAGUUUUGAAUGAAAGAGUUCAUACAGCUUUAAACAAAAUUUACAGGUGUUCAUUUGCAUAGGUUUUAUUCUGCCUCUUCCUCAGCCUCCUCUUCAAACUCCCCCUCUUCCUCAGCUGUAGCAUCCUGAUACUGCUGAUACUCAGACACCAGGUCAUUCAUAUUGCUCUCAGCUUCUGUGAACUCCAUCUCAUCCAUGCCCUCACCAGUAUACCAAUGCAAGAAAGCCUUUCGGCGGAACAUAGCAGUGAAUUGUUCAGAAAUGCGUUUAAAAAGCUCCUGGAUAGCUGUACUGUUACCAAUAAACGUGGCAGACAUUUUCAGGCCACGAGGUGGAA